AUGUUCGACAUUUUGCACCAGUCGACAAACGACCGGGACGACGCAGCCACCGGCCAUGGCAGCAUUAUUGGACGCCACGAUGCCAACCAGUCGAGCUUCGAUGUAACGCCUUGGCACCCCCGUACAAUCGAGUACAGCGACUUGAUCAAAGUCGCGACGAUCCAAGAGGGCCGGCUCGAGGUCGUGCAGCACCCGGACCUAGCCACCGCACCAGUCCUGGUCAAGAGGGCAGCUCUGCCGGAGUACACCAACUCCAUCGCGCGUGAGACAGCGUUCUACCGCCUCCUCGACGGGCUGGGCGUCACGCCUCUGUUCCUGGGCCACGUCACGGAGGCCGGCCGCAUCACUGGGUUCCUCUCUGAAUACGUGCAGCAGCAGCGGCAGGAGGAGGAGGAUGAGAAGGGGCACGAUCGGGAGGGCGGAACGGAGGCUUGCCUCGCUGCUCUGCGGCAGAUGCACGCGAGGGGGAUUGCCCAUCGGGACGCGCAUGGGGGGAAUUGCCUUGUCAGGAGAGACGGGUCGGCGGCGCUGGUCGACUUUGAGCUGGCGGAGGAGACGUCUUCGGGGGAGGAGUUUGAGAGGGAUUUGUGGGUUAUGAGACACUCAAGGGUUGUUGAGAACGCACCUUGA